AUGGUGAUGGUAGUCGCCGCAGAAGUCUUCCCCUUCGUAGCUAGUGACAUAGGCUUGUAUAGCAAAGCUCCCAAUCGAACUACGUCAGGCGGUCACUCCCUCUAUAUAAACGCGGGUGCACGCCAGUCGACUACAACCCAAAAGAGGUCGAGAUUCCUUCGAGCAGUGACCGGGAAAAUGGAACAGAGGAUGAUCAUCGCGUGCUCGGUCGUCGGCUCUCUCGGGGUGCUGAGUGCCAUCCUGGGGUUCUCAGCCGAGGGCACGAAGCUCACUAUUUCGGACUUGUACGUGGGUGGAGGGGUGUGCCUGUACCCGCAGAACCCCGCGCUGGGGCUCGGGGUCUGCGCGGCCAUUUUCCUGAUCGUAGCCCAGAUCGUCUUCGCGGCCGUCGGCGGCUGCUGCGGCUGCUGCAAGUCCCGCGCCAUCCCCUCGGAGGCCAACCGGAUCAUCGGCGUCAUCUGCGCCGUCUUCUCAUGGAUUUCGGCGAUGAUCGCCUUCGGGCUGCUGGUGGAGGGCGCGGCGUGGAACUCCACCGGGACGAGGGACUCGUCACUGUACGGGUUCUGCUACGUCCUCAAGGACGGCAUCUUCGCCGGCGGAGCAGUGCUCACGCUCGUCGCCACGGCCCUCGGGGUCACCUCCUACAUCAUGCUCCGCACGCAGCCCGCCGCCGCAGCUACAGCCGCCGCCGCGCCCAAGGCAGGCGAGCAGUUGCCGGCGGGCGCCGCCGGGAUCGCGAUGGGGCAGCCGCAGUUCCCGCAACAGGCUUCUCCCCAGGGGCAGGGGUACGGGCAGGCGCCGCAGAACUACCCACAGUACUCUCCACCGCCCCAGGGGCAGGGGUAUGGCCUGCCGCCGAACGCGCAGUACCCACCUCCUCCGGCACAAGGUUAUGGAUCCAACCUUCACCAGCAGCAGCAGCAGUUCCCCGCUCCUCCGGCACAAGGCUACGGGGCGCACGCGCCGAACCAGCAGCACCCUCCCCCGGCUCAUGGCUACGGAGCGCACGCGCCGGACCAGCAGUUCCCCCCUGCUUCCCCUCCUCCUGCUCAAGGCUACGGGCAGUACCCUCCUCCUAAAGGGCACGAGCAGGUGUAACGCGCGCUGUCUGAAGAAGAAGAACCAUGCCAUGCAUCCCUGAUAUAUAUUCCUUGAUCUCCGUCGUUCUUUUCUUUUAUUUUUCCAGGUAACAUGUGUAUCCAUCGUACUCUCUACCUACCUAUAUGGAUGCCUUGUAUUUUUCCUUUUCAGAUGGGAUGGCUUGUAUUAUUAUUGUGUUACUUUUAGAGGAUCUUUGAGCUUUC